GUAAAAUGAUAGGCAAAAAAAUUCAGACCAUCCGCCUCUGUUCAUCAACCAACUAGCUGAAAGCUUAAGCUGGCAGAGAUUACCUGCUUAUAAAGUCAUCUAGUCAAGUGGAUCAAGUAUUUCUAUUUUUUAACAGCGACACAGCAUAUUACAACAUGAGGCGUUUCUUCAUUUCAGAGCUCUGAGGGAAGAGCUGUCAUGUUCUGUGAGUCUACAGGGAUCUGAAGUUGCAAAGUUGCCCAUGUAUAAUUCAUUAAAAGCGAAGUAAAUCGCCUCUGGACAGUGCCACACACCGAAAGAUUUGUUUGCUUCAUCCAGUUGUACACUAAUGGAUAUGAAAGACUUUAUAAUGUCACCAGUCGUCUUUAUGGACUCAUUCCACAUCAUGCUCUGGAGACUUUGACCCUAAAAGUGCUUGAGAAAGUUGGCUUUUGGGGAGUCCACUUCCCUUUCCCAAUUUAUUUAUUUUCUUCCUGAAAGAAACUUAAAAAAAAUGGGCCCUUUUAUUUCUCCUUUUAGUAAUCUGCUAUGCAUGCUGUUGGGCAUUUCUUUCACUUUGUGGGUCACACUGCUUUUGGUCUUCAUCAUUGUUCCUGCCAUUUUUGGUCUGUCUUUUGGCAUCCGUGGACUCUACAUGAAGACACUGCUCAAGGUGUUUAAGUGGGCCACAGUGAGGAUGGAAAGAGGAGCCAAGGAGAAAAACCAUCUUCUGUACAAGCCUUACAGUCUUAAUAGCAUUAUCGCUAAAGAACCUACAUCACUGGAAGAUGAGCUCAAAGAGAUUCGGCGAAACGGGAGCAGUCGAGAGUUUGAUGCAUCCGCCUCCACCACCACAGGCCCCUCCCCUUCCUCAUCAGAGUUUGAAAUGUCAGACACCUUCUACUUUUGCCGCCGUGGCAUUGAAAGCAUCGUAGAUGAUGAGGUUACCAAAUGUUUCUCGGCAGAAGAACUUGAGUCGUGGAACCUGUUGACCAGGAGCAACUACAACUUCCAGCACAUUAGCACCAGACUGACAGUGCUGUGGGGUUUUGGCGUCAUCAUCCGUUAUGGGUUCCUGUUGCCCCUCAGGCUAACAUUAGCAAUCACAGGAAUAAGCCUAUUGGUUGUCUUCACCACCAUUAUUGGUCUUCUGCCCAAUGGAAGGUUGAAAAAUUUUCUCAGUGAAACAGUGCACCUGAUGUGUUACCGUAUCUGUGUGAGAGCGCUGACUGCUAUCAUCACAUACCAUCACAGUGAAAAUAAACCCAAGAAUGGAGGCAUCUGUGUUGCCAACCACACUUCACCCAUCGAUGUGAUUAUACUGGCCAGUGAUGGAUGCUAUGCAAUGGUGGGUCAGAUCCAUGGGGGGCUGAUGGGGCUCAUUCAGAGGUCUAUGGUGAAAGCUUGUCCACACAUUUGGUUUGAGCGCUUAGAAGUCAAAGAUCGCCAUCUAGUGGCUAAAAGGUUGAGUGAUCAUGUAAAAGACAAAAGCAAACUGCCUAUCCUCAUAUUCCCUGAAGGUACCUGCAUUAAUAACACAUCAGUGAUGAUGUUCAAGAAAGGAAGCUUUGAAAUUGGCUCGACUGUCUACCCCGUCGCCAUAAAGUAUGACCCUCGGUUUGGGGACGCCUUCUGGAACAGCAGUAAGUUUGGGAUGGUGAAUUAUCUGCUCAGAAUGAUGAGUAGCUGGGCCAUCGUCUGCAGUGUGUGGUACCUGCCUCCGAUGAGCCGCCAGGAAGAUGAGGAUGCCGUGCAGUUUGCUAACAGAGUAAAGGCAGCCAUUGCCAGACAGGGUGGUCUGGUGGACCUGCUGUGGGAUGGUGGUUUGAAACGAGGGAAAGUGAAAGACGCUUUUAAAGAGGAGCAGCAAAAAAUCUACAGCAAGAUUUUGGUUGGAACGCAAGCGGACCGCAGUCGUUCUUGAGGAGAGGAUGAUGAUUCAGGUGAGGACCUGGAGGGCAAGAGACGGUUCAGAGACCCGGAACAACGGCGUUAUGGAUUUGUUUCACUUCAAAUCAAAGAGCUGUCCUUGUUUAAUUAUUCCUUUUUGUGAAAAGGAUCAAAGCUUGUCGAGUGUUAGGUCAGGUCGUGAUCAAAACACUCCACGAGAUGCGUUUUGAUGCGUAGUGUUCCUUUGACCGAAGCCAGAGUAGCGUGUUUCAGUCUAUAGUGGCCGGGUGGCUCACGAGGAGUCAUAAGGAUGCAAUGUGAUAGUUUAAUGGUUUCUUUCUCUUUUUUUUUUUAUCAUUUACUCUUAACGUAUCAUUAGGAUGCAAUAAACUAUUAAAUCUGAUGGCCAUGAAUGGUUCAAGGAAACGCCUCAUCAGGCUGCACGUAGGUGUCCGAGAGUUUUCCGUUAUGCACUUCCAUCUCUCUGCUGCGCAAGUCACUUUAAUCCUGGGUUUUAACUGGAGAAAACAGCAGAAAUAUGCAUGGCAAACCUGUAAUUUAAUUUGAAGAUGAAGUUUAUACUAACCUUUGCAGACAUGUAAUCUGCACUGACCUUUCAAAAUACCUCCAUGUAAACAAUCAAGCCAAUCAAUGUGUGAAGGGUUUGAGAAGAAUUGGUUAUAUAUUGUUGGUUUUUUUUUUUUUUCC